UGAAUCAAAUAACGCUCUCAGAUGAUGUUGAUGAAAUAUUCAAUACACAUGUAGACUCUAUAAAGAAUAAGAUGUCUGAAUUUCAAGAAAGGGAUUCUGGAUGGGCUCUAUCUAAAAUAUUGUGGCUGGAGUUGAACCUAAAUAAAUCUGCUCCAAUUAAAGGAUCGCAGUAUAUUAAUACUCCUAAAUCGUUGCGACAUAAGAAAGCGUGCUGGAACUUAAAAAAUAACGAUAAAUUCUGCUUCAAAUGGUGUUUAAUUGCUGCAAUGGAUAGUACUCCGAAUAGAAAUCCAACAAGGACUUCAUCAUACACAAUUCCGGACAUAAAGGCAGAAAAAAUCACCCUCCGAAAUGGUGUUACUCUCAAUUUCGAAGGAAUGAAUUUUCCAGUUGAGCUGAAAAAUAUAUCAGAGUUUGAAACCAACAAUCCAGAGAUAAGCAUAAAUGUAUUCGGAUACGAUAAAGAAGUUGUUGGACCCUUAUACCACACAAAAGCGGAAAAGGCGAAUCAUGUGAAUUUAAUUUUACUGGCGGAGGCAGAUAAGGCCCACUUCAUAUUAGUAAAGCAUGUUUCAAGAUUGAUUAGGAGUCAGCUUACUACUAAUAGAAGAAAAAUAUCAAUUUGUAAUAGCUGUUUCUACUGCACCCCCAGAGAAGACCUUAUGAUUAUUCACAAAAAGUAUUGUAGUCGUGUCGUCACAAAAAUGCCCACAGUUGAGGAAAGUAUUUUAGAAUUUAAGAACUUUAGAAAACAAAUGGACGUACCAUUUGUAAUUUAUGCAGAUUUUGAAUGUGUUUUAGAGACUGUAAUAGCAGGUGGGGAAAGAAUUAAGAAGCAUAUUCCAUGUGCAUAUGGAUUCAAUAUUAAAUGUUCAUUUGAUAGUAGUUUAGAUGUAUAUCAUCACUAUACUGGUGAGGAUGCAGCUCAGAAAUUUAUAGAGCAAUUAGAUGUUUCCUGUAGAGAAAUUUAUAAUAAUUACUUGUCUCUUAAUACGCCAAUGAAACCGCUAUCAUCUAUCGAGCAAAGUAUAUUUGACUCAGCACUAAAUUGCCAUAUUUGUGAUAAAAAUUUAUAUGAUGAUAAAGUUCGUGAUCAUUGUCACGUAACUGGUAAAUUUAGAGGGGCAGCUCAUAAUGUAUGCAACAUUAAUUAUACGGUAGCACAAUUCAUCCCAAUAUUUUUCCAUAAUUUUUCAGAAUAUGAUUGCCAUUUGUUUGUUAAAGAGCUUUUGACCACUAUAGAGGGAAACACCACUAUAAUUCCUCUAACAAAAGAAAAAUAUAUUUCUUUAUCGCAUACGGUGAAUAUGAAUCCUUAUGAUAGACACAAGACGUUUGAAUAUAGAUUUUUGGAUUCAAUUCGUUUUAUGGCUAGUAGUUUAGAUGCUUUAGAUAGCUACUGUACAGAUGGAGAUAUGUCUAUUAGAAAACAUUUCACCAAUGAUAAUGAAUUCAAUCUCAUGAGGAAAAAGGGAAUAUUCUGUUAUGAAUAUUUAAAUUCCUUUGAGAAGUUGAACGAUACUACCCUUCCUCCAAUCGAGUCAUUUUAUAGUACAUUAAAUGAUAAAAGGUGCUAUAUAGAAGAAUAUGAGCAUGCUAUAAAAGUGUGACAAACAUUCAAUUGUAAAACUUUACGUGAUUACAUGGAGUUAUAUUUAAAGGUUGACGUUCUACUUCUUACUGACGUUUUUGAAAAUUUUAGAAAGUCAUGUAAAAAUGUUCAUAAGCUUGAUCCUUGUCAGUAUUAUACAGCACCGGGAUUAUCAUUUGAUGCUAUGCUCAGGCAAACAAAAGUAGGUCUUGAAUUAUUAACCGAUCUAGACAUGUUUCAUUUAAUUAAGAAUGGUAUUAGAGGUGGUCUGACACAGUGCUCAAGGAGGUACACUAAAGCGAACAAUAAAUAUAUGAAGAAUUUUGAUCAAAACUCUCCAUCAAGUUAUUUAUUAUAUAUUGAUGCGAAUAAUCUCUACGGUUGGGCUAUGAGGCAAUAUCUCCCUAAUGGUAAUUUUCAAUGGGUCAAAAAUGAUGAUAUAAUAAGAGAUGCUAGACAAAUUCAGAACUUUAAAGCAAAUUCAAACAUUGGUUACAUAUACGAAGUGGAUCUAAGUUAUCCAACAACGUUACAUGAUAAACAUAAUGAUUUGCCUUUCUGUUCUGAAAACAAAAAAGUUGGGGGUUCAAAAUAUGACAA